AUGGCUCGCUCUCGAGACGUCACACGUCGCAGUCGAUCACGCUCUCCUGAGCGUCGUUAUUCAUCUUCUUUGCAUCGUAAACGAAGCAGCAGUCAGAGCAGAUCUCAACCAUGUAAUCGUCAUCGUGAGAGACUCAAUAGCGCCUCCAGGAGCUCUCAUCAAUGUGAACGUCUUCGUCCGAGUCCUACACGACUCUUUGCGUCUCAUUCUCAAGCACAUGCGAGUACAUCUACUCGCCGUCCUAUUUCUAUCUUAGGACUGGAUAAAUUAGCAGCUGAGAAACGUCAGGAGCGUGAAAUUCGCAGCUCUAGAAGCUCCAAAACCGCCAUCAUUCGAUCAGGGAUAGAAUCGACUAGGAGUUCUCAUUUGUCACGGCUACAGAGCGCGAAAGGCCUGGAUUUAAAUGACUGGGAUCAAUCAGAACAAUUGCAAAGUGUGUUGACAGAUGAGGAUGACAAAAAGGAGACUGACACGCCCAGUACAGACGACGGGAAGAGAGAGAGCAGAUCACGUUCAAUUCCGAGUCAAAAAGAGACAAGAAACAGCCGAAUGAAUCGAAGCGCGAGUAGAUGGAGAGAAGAGAAGGAGUUUCUUAUAUCUUCUAGUGAAUUGAGGUAUAAUCGACACAAGGAGAAGCUGGAAGCUCCGAAGAAACAGUACGAGGAUGAGGUGGAGGAGGAGUUUGAUCGAGAAUUUUACUUAAAUGAUGAUGCAGGAGGCAUUGAGGUGCAUGAAGGACAUGUGUUCCUUGGCAAUCAAGAGAAGUUUAAGGCAAUGGAAGAUAAAUUGGAGCAGACAAGAGCAAGAGGAGAUAAUAAGCUGAAAGGCAUGUCGGCAAGAGCGUCGGCGCUUUCGGCAGACCAGGAGGCAUGGGAAAAGAACCGGUUAUUAACUAGUGGUGUUGUGGCGUCUGGACGCGUGGCUACAGAUUUUGAUGACGAGUUGGACUCGAGGGUGCAGAUCAUGGUGCAUAGUACGAAGCCACCGUUCUUGGAUGGACGAGUGGCGUUUACGACACAGAUGGAGAUGGUCGCGACAGUAAAAGAUCCGACCUCUGAUAUGGCAGUAUGCGCAAGGAAAGGCAGUGAAGUGCUGCGGGAAGUACGUGAACAGCGUGAAAGAAAUAAGAUGCGAAAACGAUUUUGGGAAAUUGGCGGCUCGCGAAUGGGUGAUGCUAUUGGCAUAAAGGCAGACGCUGGGUCUGAUGAAGAGGAAGAAGCAAAGCAGGAAAAGGAGAGUGCGGGGGAUUACAAACAUGACUCACAGUUCUCGACGCAUUUAAAAAAGCAAAAAGCUGUGAGUGUCUUUGCCAAAACCCGAACACUUCGUCAACAGCGCGAAUUUCUGCCAAUUUUUCAGUGUCGUGAGGAAGUGCUGCAGGUGAUUCGAGAGAAUCAGAUUGUGGUGAUUGUCGGCGAGACAGGUUCGGGAAAGACCACGCAGCUUACACAAUACUUGCAUGAAGAAGGAUAUUCACAGUUUGGUACUAUCGGAUGUACGCAACCGCGUCGUGUGGCAGCUAUGUCAGUGGCUCAGCGUGUUAGUGAGGAAAUGGACGUAACGCUUGGUGAGGAAGUGGGUUAUGCUAUCCGGUUUGAAGAUCUUACAUCGGACAAGACCAUCAUUAAGUAUAUGACAGAAGGUGUACUCUUGCGCGAAUCCCUGCGUGAGGCCGAUUUGGAUUCGUACUCUUGCGUGAUUAUGGAUGAGGCUCACGAGCGCGCUCUCAAUACCGACGUACUCUUUGGUAUCCUUCGCAAGGUGGUCCAGCGUCGCAGUGACUUUAAGCUUGUUGUAACGUCGGCGACAUUAGAUGCUGAAAAGUUUGCGAAAUUCUUUGGUGGGGUGCCUAUGUUCACCAUUCCUGGUCGAACGUUUCAUGUGGAAACCCGCUACGCUAAAUCUCCCAGUGAAGAUUUUGUGGACUCGGCGGUGAAGCAAGUAAUGCAAAUUCAUUUGUCUCACCCGCCUGGUGAUGUCUUAGUGUUCAUGACAGGCCAAGAGGACAUCGAGGCAACGUGCUACGUGCUGGCAGAUCGAAUGAGCAAGCUGGAUGGUGCACCACCUCUCAUGGUUCUUCCUAUGUAUUCACAAUUACCGGCAGACUUGCAAGCAAAGAUCUUUGACGCGUCGGAUAUUCGAAAAUGCAUCGUGUCUACCAAUAUUGCAGAAACAUCGCUUACAGUGGAUGGUAUCAAGUACGUUAUUGAUGCAGGAUUCUGCAAAGUUAAGGUCUACAACCCCAAAAUUGGUAUGGAUGCGCUGCAGGUAACUCCCAUUAGUCAGCAAAAUGCCAAUCAGCGCGCUGGUCGUGCGGGUCGUACAGGCCCCGGUGUAGCAUACCGGUUGUACACAGAGCGACAGUUUGUGAACGAGCUACUCGAAGCUCAGAUUCCAGAAAUUCAGCGAACAAAUUUGGGCUAUGUGGUAUUGUUGCUCAAGUCACUCGGUGUUUCGAACUUGCUUGAGUUUGAUUUCAUGGAUCCACCACCACAGGACAAUAUCAUGAAUUCAAUGUAUCAAUUGUGGGUGCUUGGAGCGCUUGAUAAUACGGGUGAAUUGACGGAAAUGGGUAAAAAGAUGGUUGUGUUUCCAUUGGAUCCACCUUUGGCAAAGAUGCUUUUGUUUAGCGAACAGCUUGGCUGUUCAACCGAAGUGCUUGUGGUGGUGAGUAUGUUAUCAGUUCCAAGUGUAUUUUUCCGUCCAAAAGACCGUGAAGAAGAGAGUGACGGUGCUCGAGAAAAGUUUUUCGUCCCUGAGAGUGAUCAUUUGACAUUACUGAAUGUUUAUCAACAAUGGGAAGCAAAUCGUCACUCGAGUCAAUGGUGUUCCGAGCACUUUAUUCAUGCAAAAGGAUUACGUAAAGCUCGUGAAGUGCAUGACCAAUUGGCUGAUAUCAUGAAACAACAACGUGUACGACUUUUGUCCUGUGGUGGACGUUGGGAUGUCGUACGAAAGGCAAUUUGUUCUGCUUAUUUCUACAAUUCCGCUCAAAUGAAGGGCAUUGGCGAAUAUGUCAAUAUGUUGACAGGCAUGCCGUGUCAUUUACACCCGAGUGCUGCAUUAUUUGGUCUUGGGUAUACCCCUGACUUUGUGGUAUAUCAUGAAUUGAUUUAUACGAGUAAAGAGUAUAUGCAAUGUACAACAGCAGUGGAAGGGGAAUGGCUGGCAGAAUUAGGGCCAAUGUUUUUCAGUAUCAAGGAAUCGUUUCAGUCCCGGUUACUGAAGCGGAUGAAAGAAAAGGAUGAAGCUCUUGAGAUGGAACGUGAGAUGGAAGUUUUACUUGAAACGAAGAAAUUGAAAAGUAACAACAAGGAGAGGAGGCGUGACGUUCAUGGUGCAACAGGCCGAGAAUAUAACAAGAAGAAUUACGGUAAGAAGACUCAUACUCAUACUCAUUUGGCAAACAUUGCGGAACUUGGACAAACUGAUGCUUCUUCUAGUAUGAACAAAAUGAGAACAAAAUGUCGACCUCGUCGAUUUGGGUUCUAA